AUGAGCAAUCACCUUUCGCCCGCUUCGGUGAGCGAGCACUCGAGUUACGCUGCAUCCAGCAGCCACCUCGGCGCAAGCCCCGCUCCAUCCCACCACUCCUCCGCCACAUCCAUGUCCUCCUCCUCGCCUUCGCCCUCGAACAAGAUCAAGUCGUCCUCGGCCUCGGACAACGGCGACUUUGAACCGCCCGCCAAGCCCAUCACCUGCCGAUGGGACGACUGCGGCAAGAUCUUCUACGACCCCGAGGUCGUCUACAAGCACCUCUGCGACGACCACGUCGGCCGCAAGUCCACAAACAACCUCUGCCUCACCUGCAAGUGGGAGGGCUGCGACGUCAGCUGCGCAAAGCGCGACCACAUUACUUCGCACAUCCGCGUACACACCCCGCUCAAACCACACAACUGCGACGUCUGCGGCAAGACCUUCAAGCGUCCCCAGGACCUCAAGAAGCACGAGCGCAUCCACACCGAGCAGCACCAGCAGCAGCGCCAGCACAAGGCCGCACAGAACGCCGCCGCUCGCGCCUACACCAUGGCAGACCCCUCCGCCGCCUUUGGCGCCUACCCAUACCCAGUCCACGCCUCCAACGCCUACCUCGGAUACCCCGCCCUCCCCACUCAGCAGCAGCAGCACCACCAGCACGGCCUCUACCCCACCACCGCCGCUGCCUACCCCUCCGCCUACCCCUCGCUCCCCAAUCGCGACCACUACGCACACUCCACAUCAAGCGCCUCGCUCUCGCCCAUGUCGUCGCGCAUCGACACCCCUCAAGGCACCAGCCCCGGCCCCAACCACCACGUCCAGGACGCCGGCUCCUACAUGCACCUCGCCCAGGGCCUCGACUCGCGCAACAAGGUCACCUCCGACCCCACCUCCUACACCUACCUCGCCCACGGCGCCACCACCAGCCACCACCUCGCCGGCAACAAACGUGGCCACGAACACGUCGAGGACUUCUUUGGCGACCUCCGCCGCAAGAAGCUCGCCCCCGCCUACGACUCGCACAUGGCAGACAGGCUCACCCAGACCUUCGGCAUGGGCGGCAUCGACGAUGUCUCGCUCAACGCCAUCCUCUCCACCUUUGACCCUUCCGCUGCCUACCAGGCGCCCAACAACGCUGGAGGCGCAAAGAUGGAGUCGGGCGUCCACGCGCGUGCUCCCGUCAAGCAGGACUCCACCGACCUCGCACAGCUCAACGCCUUCCUUCUCCAGCUCGGCGCCAGCGCAGCCUCGGCACUCCCCGCAUCGCACUCGCACAGCUUCUCGUCGUCGUCGUCCGUCGGCUCCUCUGCCUCGUCCUCCUUCUCGUCCCAGGGCCAUGCCGCCGACUUUGACCUCUCGUCGCUCUCCCAGUACGGCCUCACCCACAUUCCUGGUUUCGACGAGUCGCUGCUCGCCAACGCCUCCAACCCUCAGCGCGCCAUCGCCCAGCUGCCUAGCCGCGCUCACCACCACUACCCCGAUUCGGCGUACGCGAGCGGCUCGCACCAGAUGCAUCAGCCUGCCUUUGACAGCGUCCGUGUCUCGCGCGGCAACGCCAUCGUCCCGCAGCUCGCCCCCGUCGACGUCGGCGGCCACUCUUACCGCCGCGUAGAGGCGCUCACCCGCGCCGCUCCCGAGCACGCCGACACCCUACGCGCCGAUGCGCUCCGCACCGCCCCGGUCAAGGCCGAGGAGGACGCCAUGGAGGAGGACGAGCUGGACGACGACGCCUCUUCGCACGCCGGCGACCGCUACCGCUCCGUGAGCCCCGCCGCCUCGUCCGAGAGCGGAUGGUCCGAGGCGGGCCGCCGCGACAGCUCGUCGCCUUCGCACGGCCUCUAUCCCCGCGUGUCGCCCUCGGAGGCAUCGCGCCGUCUGCCACCGCUGCGCUCCAACUCGACCGCCAGCACGUCUGCGUCGAUCAGCUCGCUGCUCGACUCGGACGCACGCCUGCCCUCGAUGCGACGCCAGAGUGCGGCCAUGGAAUCGGCGGGCACGCGCCACUCUGCACCCGCCUCGUCGCCAUCGCCGUCGGCGUCCUCGUCGUCGUCGUCAUCGUCGCUCUACCCGAGCCUCACCGAGCGCGUGUCGCAGAUGGAGGGUCUGGGUCGGCCGCUGGCGCGUUCGCCGUCGGUGGAUGGCGAGGCGCGCGAGGCCAUGGCGCGCGAGCACGUGCGAUUGAUUCGCGACCUGCUCAUUGCCAUCAACUUCCCCGACCAGGCGCGCGCCAAGCUCCAGUCGCAACAGCGUGUGCGUCUGCCACCCAUCCUCACCUCGGCUGCGCGCAGCAAGACCGAGGAUGGCGAGACCACGCCCUCGGCUGAGGCGGAGCAUGUGCGCGAUGUCGACAGCGACCGCAACUCGACCCCCACCCCGCCUGGCAGGCCCACGCUGCCCACGCUCAGCCAGCUGCUCAACGACAUGCCCGAGCCAAGGCAGCGUCCCAUGGCCGAGCGCCAGAUGGAGUGCGAUGUUUAG